CUUGUGACGCAAACUUCGACCUCCCUGAGUUCUCACCUCUUUCCAUCUUCCUUCUAUAGCUUUCUUGAAUUUCUCUCACUAUUUUUCUUGCUCACAAAUAGAUCUUUUAUUUUAUUAUAUUUUCAUAUUCCCCACUUGUACAUACAUUUUACCUAUGCAUACUCAUAUAGUUGAAGAUACAUCUACGUGAGUAAUACUCAAAUACGAUUUUAUGAAUUUGACAACAUAGACUACAUUUUGGAAUAGGGAAUAAUAUAACGACCACCAAAUUUCUCAUGGUUGAUAUUAUUACUACAUUUAUAUAUGUUUGCAUGGAUGAUUUUUCAACUAAUGAUUCCAUUUUUUGUUUUCCUUCCAAUUCGUAUGAGUAAAAUACAUGGAAAUUCCAUGUUAUAUUUUGACUUAAUAAAAAGACAUUGGCUCAAAGAAAAUAAGUGGCUAGAAGGCAAAUUGGCCUUUCAACUUGCUGUAGAAUCAACAAUAUGACUUUUGGCUCUUACAAUGUUUUUGUUUAUUUAUUGCGGAAAAGAUUCUAUUGCCGCAAUUUUAUUGAAAAUAACUUCCAAAGCAAGAGUCAAAGAUCAAAUGAGAAGUUGCAAUAUAUAUUGAUUUCAUUUCUGUAAAAAGUUAUUUAUAAAUUUUAUCACACAAACCAGACACAUUAUGCAAUAUAUAUCAUGAACCCGAUAAAUGGCAUUUUUAAUCGUAAAUUUAAAUAAAAUUUAUUACGAGCUAAGUUAAUUGUGGUUCUUUUUUAACAAUAAAAACUCAUUAAACCUGAACUAUUUUUGGGUGAAAUAGAACUGGACAAGAAAUUAUUGUUUUAAAGCAAUUUAAUAUUGUAAUAUGACCAAAUGAAAUGUGACUAGUGAAAUACAUUUAACGCUUUUUAUUGUAUGGUGGAAUUAACAUUCGCAAUGAAAGUAUUGCAAUCUGUUUCUUCUUUUUCAAUUUGAAAACUAGAAUGUUGUUCUUAGCUUUUGCUAAAAUUUGCUGUUAGGAUUUUAAAUCCAUGAUGGUUGAUUAUUCAUUAUCACACACGUCAUAAAGUCUAUUCUUUUGAAACAUUCCCCGGGAACGGCGUAGAUCCAAAGAAUAUGUGGAAGUCGUUCUCCUAUAAGCCUCCUUGGAAUGAAUAAAAGAUAUCUUCGAGCUGACGAGAAGCUAACAAGUUGUGAAUAGAACAAAAGCAUCAAACAAGAUGUAGAAAAACUAUAUUAAUAAAAAAUUGUUUAGUGUUAAUUUAUAUAGUUAAAAAUAUACUAAGAGAUCAAUGGGCGGCUAAGCUUCUCGUAUUAUAUAAGCAAAGAACUUCAUAUCCAGAGGAACCAAGUGCCAAAAAAAAAAACAAAAAUCAAAUUUAUAGAGAGCAAAAAUAUAACUAACAUCAGUUUAUAUCCUUCCCUGUCUCUCUUGUUUUUCCAAUCAGUUUCAGAAGUCUAUCCUAAUAAGAUCCAUGGCAGCCAUAGAUAUGUUCAGUAGCAGCACUGAUCAUUCUGAUCCUUUUAAAGAAGAGCUCAUGAAAGUACUUAACCCUUUGACCAACUCUGUCUCUUCUCUUCCUCCCAUUCCAAACACAAUCUUCGGUUUCAAUCAAACCGCACCUCUCGGUCUAAACCAGCUCACACCUUACCAAAUCAACCAGAUCCAAAACCAGCUUAACCAGAGACGCAGCACCAACAUCUCAAACCUCUCUCCAAAGCCUGUCCCAAUGAAGAACAUGGCCGUUCAGAAACUCUACAGAGGAGUCAGACAAAGGCACUGGGGGAAGUGGGUUGCUGAGAUCCGUUUACCCAAGAACCGGACCCGACUCUGGCUUGGAACUUACGACACGGCUGAAGAAGCAGCCAUGGCUUAUGAUCAAGCUGCUUACCAGCUUCGUGGCGAGCUCGCGAGGCUUAAUUUUCCACACAUGAGGCACGAGUAUGGUUGUGGAAGCGGUGAUAGCAGCUUCAAGCCUCUUCAUCCCUCUGUUGAAGCAAAGCUCGAAGCGAUUUGCCAGAGCUUGAGAAAGACAGAGGAUGAUGAUCUCCCCUGUUCUGAAACAGAGCUUUUCCCGCCAAAAGCAGAGGAGUAUCAAGAAAGUGAAUAUGGGUUUCUGAGAGCUGAUGAGAAUUCGUUUUCUGAUGAGUCUCAGGUUGAAUCAUCUUCGCCAGAAUCUGGUAUUACCACUACGUUCUUGGAUUUCUCGGAUUCAGGGUUUGAUGAGAUUGGGAGUUUCGUGCUGGAGAAGUUUCCUUCUGUGGAGAUUGAUUGGGAUGCGAUUAGCAAGUUGUCCGAAUCUUAAGUGUUUUGUCUUUAACAGCAGUGUAUGCUAUUAAGUGUCUUAUUAGUUAGAUAAUCUCUGCAACUUAAUUUUUUAACAGUUGUGGGAGAAUCAUCUAGGCUUUGUUUCUGUUGAAAUCUUCCUCCAUGUGUUCGGUCUGGCUGGUUUAUGUUUUUUUUUUCCUCACAAACCUUGUCUCUGACCAACCGGAGAAGCUUCCAUGUAUUAUCAUCUUUAAGUUUCUAAUGAAUGUAAAUUUAUUCUAAAUUAUACUCUUUCUUUUGUUAUUAUCA